AUGUCCGUGUCAGUAAUAAUUAAAUGGGGAGGGCAAGAGUAUUCAAUUAGUACCUUGUCCGAAGAGGAUACGGUGCUUGAUCUGAAGCAGUCAAUCAAAUCUCUCACCGGAGUUCUCCCAGAGCGACAAAAGCUCUUGGGUCUAAAAGUCAAAGGUAAACCGGCUGAAGAUGACAUUAAACUGGGAGCCCUGAAGCUGAAGCCCAACACUAAGAUCAUGAUGAUGGGGAGCAGAGAGGAGUGUCUGGAAGACGUUUUGGCCCCUCCACCUGACAAUGAUGAUGUUGUCAACGAUUUUGACAUUGAAGAGGAGGUGAUUGAAGUAGCAAACAGGGAAGAGAACUUGGCCAAGAUAGCGCGACGUGUCAAAGAGUACAAAAUUGAGGAGUUAAAUCCGCCAAGGGAGGGGAAGAGAUUGCUUGUGCUUGAUGUGGAUUACACACUAUUUGAUCACAAGUCUUGUGCAGAGACGGGGCAGGAGCUGAUGAGGCCUUUUCUUCACGAAUUCCUUGCUUCUGCAUACGAGGACUACGAUAUUGUCAUUUGGUCUGCCACAAGUAUGAAGUGGAUUGAUGCUAAAAUGAAGGAGCUGGGAGUGAUAGAUAACCCCAACUACAAGAUUACAUUCAUGCUGGACAGUGGUGCUAUGAUCACAGUGCACACACCCAAGAGGGGAGUAGUGGAGGUGAAGCCACUAGGGGUGAUAUGGGGCAAAUACAGCGCUUUUUACAACAAGAAGAACACCGUUAUGUUUGAUGAUAUUGGCCGGAACUUCCUUAUGAACCCACAGAAUGGGCUGAAGAUCAAACCGUUCAUGAAGGCGCACUUAAACCGAGAAAAAGACAGGGAGCUCUUCAAGCUGUCUCAUUAUCUGAAAGAGAUCGCCAAACUCGAAGACUUUUCAGGUCUCAAUCAUAAACACUGGGAAAGGUACCUGUCAAAGAAACAGAGCCAAUGAGGCUCUGGGGAAAGACGUGAGCUUAUUGGUCAUUCCUAAACAAAGGGUGGUGCUGGACACUAAAGCCCUCACCAAGUGAAAACU